AUGCCGCGUCCCGCAAGGCGCCCCUCGGCGGGGCCGCCCCGUGCCCGGCCCUGCCCGUCCCGCCGCGGAGCCGCCUCCGCCGGGCUCUCUCCGUACUGGCUGUGGCGCCGCUGGAAGUGCCGCUCGCUCUGGUGCUGGCGGAGCAGCGCGGUCUUUUGGCUCCGCCUGGCGCGGGCUCUGGCCCGGCCCCGGCCGAGGCCCCGGCCCCGAACGAAGCUUCUGCCGCGGUUCCGCCCGCAGCCGCCCCGCUGCCGCCCCGCGCCCGCCCCGUCGCCGACAGCGUUGCCGGCAGCUUCCCCGCUCCGAGCCCCGCCGCUCGUCAGCUCGGCCGCCGGCCCCGAGCCGCCGCAGCCCGGGGCGGCUCGGCAAGCAGCAGCGCGCCGGGCGCUCGGGUUGCCGGGGCAGAAGAGCGGGAGCGCGGUGCCGCCCGCACGGGCGGAGAAGCCUCCCCUGGAGCAGCUCUACCGGGAGGGCCCGCUGCUGGGGAGCGGCGGCUGCGGCAGCGUUUACUCCGGGACCCGGCUCGCCGACGGCGCCCCGGUGGCCAUCAAGCGAGUGUGCCGCGAUCGCAUCCCGGAGUGGGCGCGGCUGCACAACGGCGCCCUGGUGCCCCUGGAGCUGGCGCUGCUGUGGAUGGUGUCGUGCCCUGGUUUCCGCGGAGUCGUGCGGCUCCUGGACUGGUUCGAGCUGCCCGACGGCUUCGCGCUGGUCAUGGAGCGUCCGCAGCGCUGUCAGGACCUCUGGGACUUCCUGCACGAGCGGGGGUUCCUGACGGAGCCCGUGGCGCGGGGGCUGUUCCGCCAGGUGCUGGAGGCCGUGCGGCACUGCACCAGCCGCGGCGUCCUGCACCGCGACAUCAAGGCCGAGAACGUCCUCGUCGACCUGGCCACGGGCGAGGCGAAGCUCAUCGACUUCGGCUGCGGCACGAUCCUCCAGGACACGUUCUACACCCGGAUGUCAGGAACGCCGGAGUACAGCCCACCGGAGUGGAUCCUCUUUGGCUGCUACCAUGGCCAGCCAGCUACCAUCUGGACCCUGGGCAUCCUGCUCUAUCACCUGGUCUGCGGGCACCUUCCUUUCCACACAAACGAGGAUAUCGUCCGGGGCCAGCUCUUCUUCCCGCCCCGGGUGUCUCAAGAGUGCCAGCACCUCAUCAGGUGGUGUUUAUCCAUGGACCCCGCAUACAGGCCAUCACUGGAAGACCUUUUUGAGCAUUCUUGGCUGCAGGAGCCCUGCCUGGCCCAGGAGACAGCAGAAAUCCAUCCCUGUGCUCAGUAGGAUCCAGGAGCCCAGCAAGUACCAGCUGCACGCGUCUCGUGGCACUCUAAGAAAACCCCGGAGCGUUUCCCUGCGGCCGCGGCACGGAGCAGAGAGCGCAGCCGAGGAGAUGCUUCCGCUGGUCCCCGGCGAGUUGUGGAGGGAGCGGCUCAGUGCUCCCCGUGCCAUUGGAGAAGUGGUGGCAGUGCGGUGAAGGUGCCACGGACUGGAACAGGGGAAACAUCCCCCUGCAGUUCAAUGGCAUCGG